AUGCUGUUCGACAAUUUCUUACUUCUAGCUGCCUUCACCACCGCGAAACCAGCGAAAAUAAUAGGCACAGAAGCUUCAGCAGCAGCUUCUACGAAAGUCCCCCAGUAUUUUCAGACGAGUCCAGAGCUAUGGGCUGGUCCUACGGCGACGGGACGGGCUCCCUUUCUUGCUCAGACCAAUCCAGUAUCAUUUGCACCGACAGUAACUUUUGUGCCGAAUCAGCCACUGGAAACUGCUAUACCUAUCGUGGGAGCGACUCAGAACCAGAGUAUUUUCCAGCUAAUGGGACAACUUUCUCCUUAUUUUCCUAAUCCAUCCGGAUUUGGUGUGAGCGAGUAUCCUUUGCCGCCUGGAGCGAACAUCACUCAGGUUCAGAUGCUCUCUCGUCAUGGCUCUCGGUAUCCCACAACCGGGGCCAAUGUUCAGAGUUUUGGUGCCAAGGUGGCAAAUUUGACUGGCAAGUUCAGUGCUACCGGACCUUUGAGCUUCCUGAAUCAGUGGAAGUAUGAGCUUGGUGCGGAGAUCCUCGUCCCACGAGGACGACAAGAGUUAUUUGAGAGUGGUAUUUUACACUACUAUCAAUAUGGUCAGCUGUACAAUCCAUACAGCAAAAUUAUCGUUCGGACUACCACCCAGGAUAGGAUGUUGAAGAGUGCUGAAUAUUUCAUGGCUGGAUUCUUUGGCCUCGAAUGGACAAACAAUGCCACUAUCGAAGUCAUCAUUGAAUCGGCCGGUUUCAACAACUCACUGGCUGGAUAUGACAACUGUGUUAACAGCUACAAUCAUCGCUCUCAAGGUGGUGUAAAUGCAACACGUGCUUGGGUACAAAGUUAUCUACAAAAUGCAACAGCCAGAUUCCAAUCCAUGAUCUCACCAGAAUUCGAUUGGACAAUCAAAGAUACCUACGCUGCUCAAACGAUGUGUCCCUAUGAAACGGUUGCUUACGGCUACUCCGCAUUCUGCGACCUCUUCACUUACUCUGAAUGGGAAGGCUUUGAGUAUAGUCUCGACCUUAACUUUGCAGGUGGAUCCAGCUUUCAAUCUCCAACUGGAAGAGCAGUAGGAAUUGGUUAUGUCCAAGAGAUCGUUGCCCGACUCCAGAACCACACUCUUGGGUACUCAGGAUCUCAAAUCAACACUACGCUCGACAACAAUACCGUCACAUUCCCCUUGAAUCAAAGUCUCUACUUUGACUUCAGUCAUGAUACGAACAUCAUGAGCAUCUUGACCGCUUUUGGUUUCAAGCAGUUCAACACCCUACUUCCAGCAACCAGCUAUCCAGGUCCUCACAACCUCACAGUUAGCCACAUGGAGCCUUUCGGUGCUCGUUUAGAUAUGGAAGUCAUCAAAACACCCCACCCACUAUCAGCUGAUAGGACAUACCUGGACGGCAACGAGACGACAUACAUCCACUUCAUUCUCAACCAAAGGACCCUUCCAUUAGGAUUUAGUUUCCCGAAAUGUGGGGUAGAUAGAUUGGAUGGAUGGUGCGAGCUUGACACCUUCUUGAAAGUACAAGAAAGCAGCACAGCGUUGGCCCAGUAUGAUUAUGCUUGUAACGGUGAUUAUGACGCUCUGCCGUAUGGGAGUGUGGCGGAUGGAGCGCCGAAUAAUUGA